AUGGAAGUACUAGUGAGGGAGAUUGCUGCUAUGAACUUUGCAGCAGUAAUGGAGGCACCAGUUGUUUUCAUAUGUUGUAACAACGGAUGGGCCAUCAGUACCCCUGUCGAAGAACAAUUUCGAAGUGAUGGUAUUGUGGUGAAAGGUCAAGCUUAUGGCAUAUGGAGUAUCAGAGUAGAUGGAAACGAUGCUCUUGCUGUUUAUAGCGCAGUUCAUACUGCGCGCGAAAUAGCUAUAAAAGAUGCUCUUGCUGUUUAUAGCGCAGUUCAUACUGCGCGCGAAAUAGCUAUAAAAGAACAAAGAUCGGUUUUAAUUGAGGCUCUUACUUAUAGAGUAGGGCACCACUCUACAUCUGACGAUUCAACUAAGUACCGAUCAACCGGUGAAAUUGAAUACUGGAAGAUGGAAAGAAAUCCCGUGAAUCGAUUCAAAAGAUGGGUUGAAAGGAGUGGUUGGUGGAGUGAAAAGGAUGAAUUGGAGCUUAGAAGCAGUGUUAGGAAGCAAUUAAUGCAUGCAAUUCAAGUGGCAGAGAAAGCACAAAAACCUCCACUUGAGGACAUGUUUACUGAUGUCUAUGACAAACUUUCAUCAAACCUUGAGGAGCAAGAAAGAGUACUUAGAAAAACCAUUGAGAAGCAUCCCAAAGAUUACCCAUCUGAUGUUCCUUUGUAG